UCCUUCAUCUGUCGUUCUUCUCCCUCAAACGUGUUGAUCUGCUACGUAAGCCCUUUGUUCCAUCCUAGAGAACGAAAAAUGAUCGGCCUGUUUCUUGCGCCGUGGACCCACCCCAUCCCUAUUCCUGAUGAUUUCUGCAUCGGCAAGGCGUCUUCAUUCUCCCUUUUGGCUUAUCUGUUAUUUUAUCUUUGUGCUUUGUGUCUGGUCAUUUCUCGUCUGUUACGCCGCUUUGUGUUUCCUGUCUAUGUUGGUUCCAAUCACAAAUUGUCUUUGGUCGACGCCAGUAUUUUGUCAGCUCAGAUGUCAUCUCGAGGCUGGAACUCUUGCAUCUGAGUCCCAUUUGUUUGAUUACGGAUUUCCCCUGUCGAUACAAAGCGCAGAAUCAGAAUAUACGAAUGUUUUUUUUUUUUUUUUUUUUUUUUUCUUUCUUUCUUUCUUUUGGUUUGAUAUCAUGUAGAUGUCGAAUUCAGCGAGCACUACCAACGUCGUUUCUCGGAUAGAUUUUUGCGCGUGAGGGAUGGUAGGAAUGGAGAGAGACGAAUAAAAGCGAAGAAAGGAAAAGAAAAAGACAGACAGACAGACACCGCACCGAAUCAUGCACAGGAAAAGAAACG